UCGGCCUCGGUUCGGUGGCGCCGGCUGUUUUAGUGCUCGCGGCCUCGCUAGGCCUUGAGUUUCGAGCCGCGCAGGUGGCAUUCACCGAGAUUGACAACCUAGCGCGUAGGUCGGAUUUAUCCCGACGAAAAGCAGAGGAGGCGAAACGCCUCAGAUGGAGAGAAGAACAGGUAGAUGGAGCACAGAGCACCGUCGGGAGUUGGGCCAACAAACAGGAGACCAUGACCAGCCGAGCGUAUACAAGCAACGAGAAUCAUCGUAAAGUUGAUGACAAAUCUGCUCGCCGUAGUAACGCCUCGGGUGCCAAUCAUGUAAUUGUAAAUGAAGGGCAAGGGGAAGGGAAUCCUCACCGAUUGCGUAAAAGUACAACAGAGAUUUUCAAGAAUUUCAUCGCUUUUCUACGGACUGCAGCACCACGAUCUACUACCACAAAGCAACACCAGCGAGAGGCUGUAGAAUCAAGAUCCUCUUCAUGGACCACAAGAAUUAUAGGAGAAUCAAAGAAGAACUUGAAUUCAAGUUUUGGGUCCACCCUCCACAGCUACAAUGCCCAGCGCGACCCUUCGACUCUGUUAUCGCGUGCUUUGAUUACGGGUGUAGGGAAUUCAUCUUCAAGAAAGUCAUCGGGAAGAGAAAGACAAGAGGAAACGGGGACCCAGAUGAUCCCUGAGAUGAAUUCCCGACGCCUCUAAUUUCAGUCCUUUCGCUUCGGCUCUGAGCGAAAGUCUCUUUCCAAGGUCACGGCGCGUGUACAAUUAAGGGCCACAAGAAUAAACUCAUCUUAGGAAGCAUCUUGGACGCAUUUGCUAAGGGGAAAAGACGUAAAAGAUGCGUUUAAAGAUGAAUCUAUAAAUAUGAGGUCUAAUACAAUUACGUUAUUUCAGGGACAGAUGUGAUGAGCACCGCGACUUUCCUGGAAGCUUCAGUUGGGGUAACCGGCUGCGCAGUUGGAAUCCAUUUAUGAGCUAUCUGCAUAUACUUCUCUGAGAGAUAACUACUGAGUAAAACAACCGGUCAGCUUUCCCUCUAUUCUUAGGCUUAUCCUUUCUGACCUAGGUAAUAUUUAUAUAAGAUAGAAAUAUGCUGUUUCGAUGCUUUCGUCUAAAAGCACACUAGGUUCGUCGUUGGUGAAACAUUCCACACACGUUUGCCAAAUUCAAAAGUGUUAGUGUUUCGUAUCUAUAACAGUGAAUAUCAUGUUGAUCAUCUAUCAUCUAUUUUCACGGUUUUGGGCCUGUGCUUCUUCUUCUUCUUCUUCUUCUUCUUCUAAUCACAGGGCUUUUAAUGAGCUACGCCACGCAGAAUCCGCUAUACGAUAUCCAUGCUUCCCUGAUGAUGUCCUCAAUGGUCAUCGCGACAUCUUAUUUCCUCCUGACGCGCACGACAACUUCCUUAUUUUAAGGCGUGAGACUUCUACUUCAUGUUGAAGAUGAACUAUGUCAUCCACUAAAUAUAUACAUUAUACAUAGGGUGAGUACUUGUACUUCAAUGCAUCAUGAAUUAAAUGUAUUAUACAUGGUAUACGUUUAGAUUUAGGCGAGUUAGUAGGUGUAGUACUUCAAUGCAUUUUAAGGCUUGAGAACAAAUGAGAUCAAGAUCAUGAGAAAAUGAUGUGAUGUAGUUUGCUGCUUCACUUGAUGCUACUUUUAGUACUAGAGGAGCUUCUUCUAAUUUAAAGGACAAGCCCUGCCGGAGCGAACUGUUGGGCUCUUGGUACGCAAAGUUGUAUCUGAAUUCCCGAGUAUUGCUGACAUCUACGACAUCAAAACCGAAAUUCUGGGCACGGACACAGUGAGGUUCAAAGCCGAAGUCCGGUUUAAUCCAGAAGCUGUAUCGGCGCACAAAAGAACAGACUUCGCCGCACGAAUUUUGGAACGGAACGCCAUGCUUACACAGGCUCAGGUGCUGAACUACUUCCAUAUCGGAGGUGAAAACCGAAAUACUACUCGUCCUUCUUCCUUGUCUACAAGUGCCACCAGUGGUGCAGCAAGUGGAAGCGGUGCGGAUGCAGGAUUUGAAUUUAUACCCUCAGAAAAAAUCGAAAUGUCCGAAGGGAUUAGACACGAAGAAGAUGGUCCUG